AUGCUUUUCGCACGCUUUCACCAAGUUACAAAAGGCCUAAUGAAGACCUAUUUGGGUGAUGUCUAUUCAGUCAAUUGGAUUGAAGACAGUGAUGCCAGACAUUCACUCACAGGAGAGACAUUACAGCAACAAUUCAAACGAGUCUUGGUCGAGACAAACACAUCCCACGUCAAGGAAUUUGGGGACAAAAGCAUUGGACGGAUCAGUUUGAGUCAAUUCCAGGGCUCCAAGACUUACAACAAGACUUACGAUGGAAAGGUAGUCAUAACGGAUGCCGUAGCGAGCGGUGAUGUGCCCAUUGCUAUCGCAUACAAACGACUUAAUACACAUCAAACUGAAGAGCAAAAGUUUGUCAAUCAAUUCAAAUACGAAGAGUUAUUGAGGGCUCGAAAUUUUCUCAUCAAUUCUGUCAAACAUUUGAUCCGCGAAUUGGAAGUGAAGUUCGUGUCCGUCGACAGUAUUUGGAGCGAUAAGAAAGAGCUGACAAAUCAUGACUGCUAUACCGAUUUGAUCCAUCAGUUUGAUAAUCACUGCUUCGAUCUCUCGACACAUCCUUUUGCGCUCAGAUUUCUCUAUGUCUUCGUUAAUAUCUGCGAGACUUUGGAGAAUAGAAACUUAGGAAACGUUCACAUCAUUGAGAAUUGGAUUUCACGUUAA